AGCAAGUGCAGACAGUACGGUUGUUUCCAAUGCGUGCCAUGUGAUCGAACAAAAAUUAAAUGGUUGAGAUGCGUGGUGCGUGAGACAGCUCAGGCAACGUGUGUGCGAUUGUACGGCAUUUAAACUAAAAAACUGUAGAUCCUUGUAAUGCGAGAAGAUGUCUAAUUUCGCGAAAGAACAGUUGUUGAAGUACGGCUGGACCGAAGGUAAAGGACUCGGUAAAAAUGAAAAUGGCAUAACGGAACCGGUAAAACUCGCGACAACUCAGAAUAAGGAGGGUAUAGGAUACGACGAGUACGAGACGCCUUGGUGGGAAAAGGUGUAUAACGACGCCUCCAAAAACAUUAAGAUCGAGUCGAUCGGUGACCAGGUUACCUUGACUGCUGCCAACAACACGAAUGCAGGGCAAACUCACGGAAGCUUUGAUCCCUUGAAAAAAUCUAUAAUCUAUCAAAAGGCCUUUAUGUCAGUAGGGAGUUUGUCAUUUGGCACCGUUGAUCAUCCAAAAAUUAUUGAUGUGACUGAUCAGAAGCAACAUGGCAGUCAUUUGAACGCUCAGUCUCAGCUGAACGCAACUCCAGCUAGAGAGAACACUAUGGCCUACAGGAAAACGAAUGCGGAAUCGGAUGUGGAAAGCAGCGAGCACGAAGUAGAUACAAUCAAUGCAAAUUUAAAUCAGUUGAAAGAAGGAACUGAUUUUUACCUCUCCAAGUCUACAAAAAAGAAGUAUCGAAAAAAAAUGAAGAACCUAGAGCAGCAACUAAGUACUUGUAACUUAGACAAUGAUAAUUUUGUAAAGUGUAACAUUGUAAGUGAUCGUAAAUGGAAGUUACUUAAUAUGAAUGUAUAUGAACUUUCUCAAGGGAAGAAACUUUCUCAAAAAAAAAAAAUGAGAAAAAUUAAGGAGGAAAUUGUUAAUUCAAACAAACUAAAUCAUUUAAUUACUAAAUCAUUAAAGACUAACAGAACAGACGAGAUUGAUGAGGAAUGGCCAAAAACAAUUCCACUCCCCUGUAUGAAAUUAGUCAAUCCACAUUCAAAUCAAAAACUACGAAACAAACAUUUAAAAGACACACUUGUGGAUCAACAAACAAGGCUUCAUAAUCAUGUGAAAAAGUUAUGGGAUAUAUUUACAGAAAAACAUCAAAUAUCAGAAUUAAAAUGGAAAAAUGAAAAAGAUAGUAUCAAGCCUAAAGUAAAACCAAAUCUAGAAUUGACAAAUAAUACUGGAGAAGUGACAACUGAGCAGGAUUGUAUAAUCAAUAUCGAAGAAGUACCUUCAGAUAUAGAAGAGAAGAUACAACAAGGAAAUGUGGUUUCACGUCAUGUUUAUUUUAAAUCGCUAAAGAUUCCCAAACGCUUUCAAGGUAACCCCCAAAAAAUGGCUAGAAAUUAUAUAAAAUACAAAUGUAUUGAAUCUCACGACGAAAACUCGGUGAAAACAAUACUCAGAACAAUACUAGAAGAGAAAGAAGUUUCAAAGAAAUGCACUAAAAUACAAAAGCAAAGAAAUGUGUUAUUCAGUUUGAAGAAAAAAAUCGCACAAUGUAGCAUAAAAAAGACUGAACAAUCGACACGUGAAUUAAACAUGGAUUCUGUAAUCAAAGACUUAGAGAAAUGUGGUCUUGUCGAGCAGGUAAAUAUUAAAAAGAGGUCCACUCAGACUCAUCUCACACCCGUUUAAAGAGAAAAAGAAAGCCAAAAAAUAUGUAUGUUUUCGAAUAAUUAGGUAAUUUUUCCAUGUAUACUUUUACGAGAUAAUUUACUUUAGAUGAUUUUAUCAUGUAAAUUACAAAAAAGAUGCAUCAAGGUCUAACUUAAUCAACUCCUCAAAAAUUAAAUUUCUACGUAAUAUAUGUUAUGGCCCCAAUGUAAUUAAUCUAUUAUUUUUAUUAUAUUUACUUAAUCAUGUUUUAUAUUUAUGCAUUUUAUAUCUUCCAUAAACUAUCAGAUAUUAGUUAAAUUAAACAAAAAUAAACUACUAAACCAAAAUUUUAAUAAUAAAAUCUAUAACAGUUACAAAUUAUAAGAUAAAAAUUGUAUCAAAAUAAUUUUACAAUUAUCAUUAUCACCAUUAAGUUUAUAUAUAUUUGCGAUGUUAUAUUUAAUUGUAAAUGGUAGUAAUUAAUAAAUCUUAUAUAUAACUUAUCGAUUUAUCUUGUCAAGAUAAGCAUCUGUAAAUAAAGUUCCUAUAUAAGUAAAACAUACGCGUGUGCAUAUUAUAUUUGUUUUAUAUAAAACAUUCAUUCGAUAUAUGUAUUUUUAAUAAAUUAAUAUUUGCAUCAAAGUUGUUUUUUAUUCGAAACGCAACAUAACAAUAUUUACAUGUAUCUUAUACGCAAUUCCUGUUUAGACGUACAAAUCGAUGUUCUUGUCUAGAGCUUUCGCAAAGAUGUAAACGUAUAUUGAUACUAUAGUGCGAUAUAAAAUGACAUAUUUAACUUGUGUUCCAUACACGAUCAUCGAAAUUUAUA